UGGUGGAAGUAGAAAAUGUUGAUAACAACGAAGAUGACUUUUGUUUAUGUUUUGUUGCACAGAACAACUCCGCGAACAUUGUUUACCAACGAAAAAUUAAAUGUCAUGGUCAAAUGCAUCUGCUGUUUUAAUGAAGCAAUGGUACGACAAGGAAUUUCAUUAUGCUUAAGCAUUAUCUUAAUAAUUGUUUUCUUAAAUGAAGCGGAGCAAUCGGCAAUGAGGGAAGCUAAACAUUUUUGCGGAGAAAGAUUGUCGAAUAUGCUAUACCUAGUGUGUGAAGGCGCUUAUAAUGGACGUUACAAGAAAAAUGUUUACAGUGCAAAUUCCGACAUUUUAAAUCCCCAAAGCGGCUUCCUGGACUAUUCAUCCGAAGAAAGUGACACAUCAGUUUCCACGUUUCCGUUUAAAACGAGAGAAAACGCAAAUAUGAUGUUGUCUAGUGGAAUGAGGAAACGAACCAGAGGAAUUGUACAGGAAUGCUGUAUUAACAGUUGCACACUGAUGGAACUUAGAGGAUAUUGUGCCGAAAGGAAAUAGAAAUAGGAUUUUUUGAAUUAUCGGCGUGGAAGUUUGUAAAGUUUUUAUUUUUUAAAAUAUAUACCGCGUAUCUACAAUAU